GUGUUUCCAACGGUCGCCGAUUUUUAUCCCACCCGAGAAAACAUUGCUCCGUGGGUCGUAUCGCCAUGCCUCCAAGCUUGACUGGUUCCGUCGGGCGCACCAAGCCGAGCGCUUCCUCGAGUCCCGUCGGAGCGGCGCGCUACUGACGACGAGUCAACAGUCAAGAUUGACUGCUAUACCAUUCGCGAUCAAGUCCAUUGCUCCCAACUCCCAAGGAAAGACCUUUGUCCCGUUGGUGCGGGUCAGAUACCCCGUACUUCAACUAACCUGCCGGCCGCUUUCCCCUACACUCAACAGAAGCAGUUCAUCGGAGGCCCGACGCUUCCCCCCUCAUUCAGUUGCGCCUAGGAUUCUUCACGCCUGCUGCGAUCUGAAUUCGGAUGAUCAAAUCGAGAAGUUCUUGGGUGAUCCUCUGUUCGAUUGGCUUCUCCUCUUGAGAGCAGAAAGAUUACUGCAAUACGCCAGUCUUCAAGUUCAUCAUCCUGUGUCUUUGCGUAAUCAAAUAGCACAGAUUUCAUUCACACGAAAAAAGAUGGGUCACACUGUUGCCGAGGAUGACAUAGAAGACAUACCAAGUUCAGAUGCAAAUUCACCAAUUCUGACUGAACAUCACAUCACAGUCCCAACCCUUCACGACGGACUAAUGCAAGGGGAACACCAACACGAGAGACGGCUUCUGGAUUUCCUGAAGGCAACGCCUUCAGUGCAAUGGCUGAAGGACAUCAACGUCUGCGCGCCACUGGGGAAAAUUCAGCUGCCAUCGAUCGGCGUCCACCGCUACCUCCAUGUCCACUUCAUCAGAACAGUCGACUGGAGCUCACUGCUCGCCAUCUGCAAGAACCACCUCAAGCAUCCUCUCAACAUCGCCCUGCUCAUCUGGCUGCUCUGCGUCGCCGCCGCCGGCGCCAUGCUAGGACUGCUCCUGUUGGGGCUGCUGAACAAGGCAUUCCCUUCCAGGGCCUUGAGACACCACUGGAUAGAGAUCGACAACCAGAUCCUCAACGCUCUCUUCACGCUCAUGAGCAUCUACCAGCACCCCAUCCUCGUCCACCACCUCGUUCUCCUCUGCCGGUGGCGGCCGGAGGACGCCGCCCAGCUAAGGAAGUUGUACUGCAAGAAUGGCGCCCGCCGUCCCAACGAGCGAGCGCACAUGUCCUUCGUGGUGGCCCUCCUCCACGUCACCUGCAUUUCGCAGUACAUGGAGUGCAGCCUCUACUGGGGCUACCCAAGCAGGUCACGCUCCGAGUUCGCGGAGAACUUCUUCUUCAUCCUCGGCGUCUCCGCGCCUGUCGUCGCCGGCGCCCACAUGGUGUACAGCCCUCUAGGCAGAGACGACGACGACGACGCUGCCGCCUCCUGCGAGGAAACCAAGCAGCUCCACCUCCACGCAGCAGCCGGAGCCGAAGAAUCGCCGGAGGAAAGGACGGCGGUCGGCAACCCGAUGUGGGCGGGGGAGCUGCUGGACUGCGGCGAGGACCCGGCGGCGUGCUACCUGUCGUUCCUGUGCACGUUCUGCGUGUUCGGCUGGAACAUGGAGCGGCUCGGGCUGGGCAACAUGUACGUGCACACCGCCAUGUUCCUGCUGCUGUGCGUCGCGCCCUUCUGGGUGUUCAACGUCACGGCGCUCAGCAUCCACGACUACGUCCUCAGCGACGCCUUCGGCGCCGCCGGGGUGGUGCUCUGCUUCCUCGGCCUCCUGUACGGCGGGUUCUGGAGGAUCCAGAUGAGGAAGCGGCUCGGGCUGCCCCGGAGCAGGUGGUGCUGCGGCUCGUCGUCGCUGACGGACUACGCGCAGUGGCUCCUCUGCUGGCCGUGCGCGCUCGCGCAGGAGGUGCGCACGGCGAACCUGUACGGCCUGAGGGACGACGGCGGUUUCUACGGGAAGCUGGUGGACGGCGGUGACCCGGAAAGAGGGCCGGACGUGCCGGUCUCCGUUGGGGUGCGCGAGGGGAUCGAUGCUGCCGUCCAUCUCGCGGUGGACGGAGAGAUGAUCCCGCCCGUCCAGCCGGUGGUAGAGUCUGGACGGCAGAGGCAAGCCGGCGACGAAGAAAUUGUUGCAAAUGGCAGUAGCGUCCAGCUCAAAAGUUGACCGCGAUGGUGACUGAUAUUGUAUAGUAUGCAAAAGCUUGCUGACGGAUAGAUUCUUCCUUCUCGGGAUCGAUGUCACCAUUUUGACAUUGUUAUGCCCCUGGUUUGUCAUGCUCCGCACAGGACUUUAGGUCGUCAGUCAUUAGUUAGUCCAGUUUUAUUCAGAACAGCUACCUUGACACUCCAACAGAUGUCAUCUUUCAUCGAUUCUUUCGUGUUGCACGUUACUAGAAGAAGAAGAAGAAGAAGAAGAAAGUCUCUCGUGAUUAUUUUGAGAGGCUCCUACUAUGACGACGAUGAUGAAAUAUAAAAUCAUGUGUAAGCCUCUGGUUAAAGAAU